AUGGCUUUUAUUUUAAUCAUAUCGUUUCUGUUGGGGCUGGGAGUAACUGCGCUCUACCUUGCUGUAAGCUUCCGAGGCCCCUACUUGGUCAACAAACUAGUUCCUGGGUGCUCCGUAAAAUCAGUCAGUCUUCGCUCAAUACGUGGAUUUCGAAUAACGCGAGGAGCGCAUGCUAUCGAAAUCGAUCGUAUUGGCCUCUCCUUUGGAAGACAACCUAAUGCAUCGGGAUGGCUCGCGUUUCGCUGCAGUAUCCAGGUCUCGGAUGUGACAUGUCGUUUGUUCGAAGGGAGCUUGGACACCCCAAAGAAGCCCGUACUCCAACUGAAAAAUCCACCAGCUCCGAAAGACGUUCAUUCUCUACGAUCUCGCCGUUCGAGAUUCAGCAUCCAGAAUUUCGCCUUGUUCACUAAUCCCACAAAUGAUACCGUUGCUCCCCCAUUAACCAUACUCAAACGCAUUGCACCAUCAUUGGCGCGUAACAUAGAUAGCCUCUUGCGACCCGUCUUUCGUAUCUUGUUUGUCGCCGCCUUCCGAAUUGUUAUUCGUUUCCUCCCGACUCUGAUGCAGGCUGUCGAAUUCGAACUCAAGCAUGCCAAUUUGACGGUACCAAAGGCCCAAGACUUUACACUAUCAGUCGAACGAGUACGAGUGUCGACCCAGGUCAAGUUUACUCAGCUCGAGAGGGUUAUUGAUGACUCCACGCCUGAAGACGCUGAUACACCCGCCUUGCGCCGGCUUUCUCGGAUGGGGAACUGGAGAUUCAGAUUGAAAGGAAGUUGGGAUCGAACUUGGAAUCGUGCUUGGGGGCGCACCCAUGUGUUUUCUGGCGUUUCAAUCAAUGUGGGCCGUACAGGAGGUACCAUUCGUCCCAGCACGUCGUCUGGCGAUGCCGGCACGACCAUCACACUCUCCCCUGCAAUCCCUGUAUUCAGUAUAGAUGGACCAUGUUGGCUGAAAGGUUCCGUCAAUUUUAUCCCUGGACGAGCAACGUUUGAGCGCCAAAGCAUGGAUUUGGCUGCGUCAUUAGGCGCGCUCUUGGUCGACGUUGAUAAUAUAGUUUUAUCGGCGCGCAAAAUCUCGGAGGUUCUGGGUCCGAAACGGACUAGCCAAGGAGCGAGUCCGUCUCCCAUGGACGCGAUCGCAGAGGAGCCUAUAUCACCACUUUUAUCACCGACCAUGUCGCCACUUCUAUCUCCUACUACAACAGCGUUGGUCUUACAGUAUCGUCGUCGUUUCCGGGAGCGAGCCAGGAAGCGCGGAACAUUGAAUUUUACCGAAGUCUUCAAGGGAAUAGAUUUCCGACUUCCUACUCUCGAAUUUGUAGCUGGGGGAAGCACAGUGACAACAGGAGACGUCCCGAACCGCCUGCGUUUCUCCAUUAAAGAUGUGUUCCUUAAAGGCGAAGUCAGCAACCCGGAAGUACAUGAACUGCAUCGUAAAUGGCUCGGAAAAUCAGCCUUGGGCGGAAAGGCCGAAGCAAGCGUUCAACGCUGGGUUCGGGACGACAAGCUUGGGAUGGAUAGCUUCGUCUGGACAUGUUUUGCUUUGAGCGCACUGACAACUGUAUGGCCCGAGUCGCAUCGAAUGAAUCCAAACGAAUGCCUUCUUGUCAUUGAGGCCAAGGUUGAUCCGCUGGUUGUCAGCAGCACUAUGAAGGACGUAUAUGCGUUGAAGGCGCUGGCCGCAAAUUUCCAGUCACCACCAUCCACAAGGCCUGUUCCUACAAGAUCGCCUAUCAUGCAUAUACCUCGUUUGAUUGUCGACAUCCAAACUGGAGGGUUCAACUUUCUGUUUUGUCUGGAUGGCCAUGGUUCGCAGAGCCCAACUCUGGCAGGCCUUCACCUUCGUGUCCCUCACAUUGGAAUCCAGGGGCGUUCAGAGUUCGUCGCUAGGCCUUGGUCCCGUCGCGAUCAUUCUCGGCAGCCGUACACCGAAUCGCUCAAUCUCGUCGAUUCUCCCUAUGCCUUGCAAUUCGAUAUUACUGGUUCCGCCGGGCCUGUUGAUUUGCAAGCUAUAUUCGAAGACAGGGUUCCGAAAUCUCAGCCCGGUCGUCACAGUAUUGUUCGUUUAUCUCAGGUCGAUCUUCAUGUGGAUGGUGAUAUCCUCGCGGCACUACCCGAUGGUGCUUCCAAGGCCUGCAUAGAUAGCCAGACUGUCUUAGCCCACCUCCGGUGCAUAUCAGAUACUUUUGCUGUAGACCUUACCAAUCCCGAAGCUUUGAGUAUCAUCCCCGACAUACUUUCAGCCAUUCCACCAAGCGACAUCGAACCUCCACAGUCGCAACCACCAUCCGAGAAACCCUUGCUCGCGAACCUGCCUGCGGGAAUAUGCACACACUUUGCUAUCGCCACCAUCUCGUGCCUAGCAUCCGGUCGCGACCUUGCGCCAGGAAAUGUCAAGCUCGUCAAACGAGGUAUUGAGCUUCGUACCGGAGUUUCAGUUGGCUAUUCUUCCAUGCAUGACCGGAUACAUAGUUCCCGUACCCGUAGCGAGCGUUUUGCUUCGGAUAGGCUACGCGAGGAGCUGGCAGGGCCGAACGACAUCCUCUCUGAAUCGGUCUCUAUAUCCCAUGAACUGCGCCAGAAUCUUGGAGAACAGGCGCGCCCCAUCGUCGACUACGGUGCCGCCUUUGUUCCGCUCUGCGAUUGGGAACCGAAGCUGCGCGAUAAGGAACCAACAACUCCAACUGCACUCUUGUACAUUCCGGUCAUCCGGGUAGAUAUUCUAUUGAAACGAACCACUGCGUCUCAACCUGGGCUGUACCAUGAUUCGUGCCGAGUGGUGGCUCAUGUUCCUCGAGUCAGACUCAAUUUGUCAGUCCACCAUGCGUAUUGUCUCUUGCUUUCAUCUACUGCGCUACUACGGCUCAGAUCAUCGUCACCGUCAUCAUCAUCUUCUCGGCCGAAACCAACUUCGCCUUCCAAACAUGACUUUGUUGUGCAAGUUACUGGUCAUGUAGAACACAUCGAAGCUCACGUAGACUUGCCAGGAACACAAAAGGUAUACCUCCGCCUCGACAAACUCAAACUCGUAAUUCGGGAACCUCACCACGAGGUGUCAUUUGCUCUUCUCCAUGGGUGGGUUCGCUCCGAGGACGGCAAAUGGGACGAAAUGCUUCGCCUGCGUCACUUUGAACUUGUGGCACCGCCGGACGAGUCCGAAAGAAUAUCGAUUAUCGCACAAGGCGCUCGACUUCGUAUACCUCACGAGUACUCUUUGGCUAGUUUGAUUCAGGAGAUAUCACUCUCGGUCAAAACUAUCAAGCAUUUGGCUCACAUAGCUCGCGUCGGACAUUUUGUUGCAAUGGAGACGCCCCCGGCUGAGGAUGCAAAACGUGUCCCUCCCUUGGUGAUCGCUAUCAAUGCCCUGGUCAUCGAAGCCGUGGACGAUCCUUUCGAAACCAAGCUAUCGCUUCUUUGGAGGGCCGGUUUCAAGGAACAACAAGAAAGGCUGAUUAGAGAGGAGGCUUUCGCCGCAAAACUUCAAGCUAUAGAAAUGGAGAUCAUGGAUGAUUCCGGCCAAGCGUCUCACUCAACUGGUUCUCGCGAGUGGCACUUUACCAACAGACAUACAGUAGAUGGAGUAGAAGCUUAUCGGCGGCUGCAACAAUUCAAUUCGAGCGCUUGGUUUGAAGCAUUCGCCAACGGCAAGAAAGCACUUACAAAGCAUGAAGAAACCCAGCUCCGUUACAUUGGUCAAAUACCAGGCUCUCUCGAACACAAACCUGGUAUUCCUUUAGACAUUCGUCCAGCCGAGGUCGUCCCGCCGUUGAUUAGAUUGCUGUUUGACGGAGUUCGGGUCGAACUAGCGCAACCAACAUUUGGUGAGACGGGCUCGUCGCUCCCAGAAUUCCUGAAACGCACAGGCGAAUUACCCCUCGAUACUGAGUACACGCUCCUGGUUCCGCUGAACAUCCGCUGGGAAAUGCGCUACGCAUUGGUAACGCUACGCGACUAUCCAAUUCCUUUGCUUCACGUUCGUCCUAAUCAGGAUCAAGCUCCUUCUUGGACUGCGACUGCCGACUUGGUGAUAGCUGAAGAAAUUGGGCCGAAUGACUCGGUUGAAUGGCUACCAACAACGGUGGUACCUGAGGGCCUGGGUGUGCCCGAGCAAGUCGGCUUUUCGAUCCUCGUGCCCAAGACUGGGAUGCCCGUCAAAACAUAUGCCAACCCAGAGGUCCAUGUGACAUCUUCCUUUGCCACCGAUAUCUCGUGGGGUGUGUCGUACCAGCCCUGUGUCGCCGACGUGAUGCGAAUCGUCGAUUCACUUACCCACCCGUCUCGGACCCGUCGACCCCGCUUGGAUUUUGGGAUAAGAUGCGUCUUUCGUUACAUGGGAAACUACGGAUUUCGAUCGAGAGAUCCCUACGAAAUCUCCGGUAACGGUGCUGGGUUUGCCCUAAGUUGGAGCGGUCAUCCUGAAAUAACCAUGGGAUACUAUCCUGAAGAAAAGGAGUUGGUCCAAUUUCGAGGAGAGCGCAUGGUUCUUGGGAUCCCCAACUUGCCUACUUUUGCGGAUCAUCGCUUAGGUAGUACAUCAGCAACAGGGGUCUCAGCCACAGGCGGCCAUCAGUCCCAGAUGCAGAAGAUAUGUGCAAAGCUUACGAAUGGAGUCAAACUCGGUUUGGGAUUCGCAUUAGAACGGAAAUGUGGGUCGGACUGCACUAUCCGUCACACUAUGGACGAUUCCUGUAGACUGUUCACCUUCCGCCCCCAUUAUGAGGUCAAACUCCGACCGAGUACUGCCGACCCUGAAAUCGAUUCGUUCGCUGGCUUUCGGUCGAAUUUUAUCCAUUUCUCUGUCUCGCUCAUUUCGCCCAGCAACUCCUCGCUUUCAAAAACAGGCUACAAUAGUUUCCACCUUAGUCCCAAAGCUUUCGCUCACUUCUUCUCCUGGUGGCAUGUGUUCAACCCACCCAAUGGGCCUAUGUUACUUCCCAUACGCCAGGGUUCGCUAUAUCCGUCUGAUAAACCGCCUCCGCUCAAGUUUACCCGGCAUUUGGUCACCCUCAAGUACCGCUUUUCUCUGUCCCCGCUCUUCAUCUCGCAUGUCUACCGCCAAGAUUCUCGAACGUCCUGGGCGACUGGUAUAACUCCAUGCGUUGGAAUCAAAGCUAUGGUUGAAACCUUCCAGGCGGAUCUUCACCAGCGCGAUGAGAUUGAACUCAUAAAGAAUGAAGUUACUGGUGAUUCAAAGAAGAAGGCUCACAAGCCAUUCUACGCAGCGGAAGUGGCUGCCAAAGGGCUUGAUUUACGUGCUAUGCUCGCUCGGUUUAGGGAACCCGAAAAACCUGCGGUUGAUUUGCCCCCUCUACCCAGCGGGGAUUUUGAGACCUCGUCUUCUGCUCGUCCUCCUUUGCCUGCUUCCUCAAAGGAGCCUAUGCAUUCGCGCUGGGUGGAUCUAGAUGAUUUUGUUGAAACAGAUUGGACGCCCGAGGACAGCAAUCCAGCCCUUUGGUUAUUCACCGUCGCGUCUUGCCCGAGAAUUACAUACUUUAAAAAACCAGAACAUCCAAUCACCCAUGGACCGGCGCAUACAACUUGCUCGAUUCCUGAGAAAAGUUCGUCACCAUUCGGAAAUGAGAACACACAUAUAUGCUUGAUGGGAACCGAAGAUUCAACCAUCCAGGUUCAAGCAGCCUUAUGCUCACAGAGGCUCAAGGUGCUUGAAGAAGAGCUUUCGGACGUCCUUUCCUUCCAAGAAGAUGUUAAGAUAUCUACGUCGAAUCGUCAAGGGAAAAAAGAGGAUGAGGUCCUUCAAACUCGCCAACAAGCCCUCGAGAAGAAGAUUGAACUGCUACGUGAGCAUCUGGAAAGUCUUGAAAAUCUGGAAGUGCACCAGGCGCAUCGUGCAAUGAAUGACGAAGCACGCAUUUCCACUGGCUCAUUACCGUACGACUAUCCUACUCAGGAUAGAGAUGGGAUCGAUUGGUCCCAAUUCGACAACAUAUACCAAAUUCAUUGCCCCCAAGUUCAUUUGAAUAAUUAUACUCGCAAUAUUAUCCUUGACUACUACUACUCUUCGCGUCAUCGGCGAGGGUUCGAGUAUCACUUAUCAGAACGAGCUGUUCGUUUCAUCCGUGAACAAUCUCCUUCCCUUGCAUCCAAGUUACCGCGGAUGUCUCAGGAUUCAGAGAACGGCCCAACUCCACGAAACCGCGCUCAAGCUGCUGCCCAUACCAUCCGGAAGAUAUUCACGGCAGAUGGUGGAUCUCGGGACUCCGCGCCUCAAGUUAUCGAUGUACCUCAACCAAUCAAAUGUCAAGCUCAAGGAGAAAUCGAACCAGCUAGCGGUUGGAAGACCGAAGAUAUAAUCGUCAACAAGAGCCAUAUGUGUUUGCUCUUGAAUCCACAGUUCACUUUGAGGAGUACGGCUGACGAUGAUUCUAUACUGGUGAUUACGGUCGGUUAUGCAUCCCUCCAGACGUUUGCCAUCCUGGAUAAACACUUCGUGGAUGGCCUCACGGCUGAUCCGAUCAACGCAAACAUCAUGAAACGUAAUUAUGGAUCGUUGAAAGGCCUCCAAAUAUUCUCUCCUUCCCACGACCGUGACCGAUCUGUCAAUGCCACUCCCUACGAAGUUCCUCUCGAGGUAUUACUGGACCGACGUUGCGAGAGUAGUGACUUUGAUCGACUUGUACCUCAGACAGAUGCAACUCUUCAGUACGACAAAUUCAAUCGGUUGCGUCUACGGAACAAGGUCACUUCUGCGACUAAUGCUACUGCAGAGGAUUCCGAUAUCAAUAAUCAUCUUCAAGCUCAAAAUGAUCGAAUUAUCCUGAACGUUGAUCAGCUCGCGGUAUCCGCUAAUGCUCAGAACUUCGGAGCCAUCUAUAAUAUCGUGUCCGAUUUAUUGUUAUACAUGGACCCCGAUCAACGGGAACGCAACCGCCAACUCCAGACGUUCAUGUACAGUUACGACUUCAAGGAUUUCAUGGCAUCCGCCAAUGUUGUUUCGGACCUCCAGACACGAUUGCGGGCCCUCCUUGACGACGAAGUUCAGCUUGCACUAUCACCCAAGAAGGAACUAGCCGAUAACCGUUUAAUUAACCGGGCGCACAUAUUCCUGCUGGCCGAAGAGUUGAACCUCAUUUUCAAGGCCAUCCGACUUGUACAAGAACAAGACGAGAAUUCAACCGACGAAACCAAGUCCAAUAUGCGUUUCGACGCAUUCGUCAAGGAAGUUUCUUGGAAGAUGCUUGAAACAACCGAUGAUACCUUGGCUAAACUCACAGUCCGGGGAAUCGAGUAUGCAUGGCACAGUCAGAAAGAUAGCUCUGCGGCGCACAAGUUGGUUAUCAACGAUUUACAGGCACUGGAUAGUUCACCGGAUGCGAUUUUCCCCGAAAUGCUUAUCAAGUUCGACAAAGCAUCUUCCCAUCCUAUGGUUGCGAAAUCAUUAUUCGCCCAAGCCGAGUGGUCCAUUCUUGCUCCCGUCGGUGGUAUUCCGAUCGUCAAUUCGUUCGUACUAGACCUUCAUCCUAUCCGGCUUCAAUUUGAGCGUAAGCUUGGGCGAAAGAUCUUAUCCUACAUAUUCUCCCGCCGGGAGGCUCUUGUCGAAGCCAAUGGAAAACCGUCUGCCACUUCAAAUCCUACAAGACCUUCGAGGCCAAGUACCCCUAGGACCUCUUAUUCAGCAACAGUCGGUCCAGGCCACAAGUCGCGUUCCUCUGUUGGGACGAUAGCAGGGGUCGGUCUAGGAAUUGGAUCAGGAAUUGCUGGGAUUCCGCGUGCAUCACUCGAUAACACUUCGCUAGAAAGCGCUAGCGAAGCGCGCCCACGGACCCUCAAGAAACGCGCGACCUCACAUACCGAUCUCCAAGAGGCGGCGGCGGCAUCCAGCCCAGCUAUAGUUGGCGACGACUUGGGUCUGGAAGGACGCAGACCGAUCCCUAGAUCUCGUUCUUCUAAUGCACUCCGAACUGAGGCUAAACGGCCGGGUACACCGUCUAAGGGCGCUUCCCGUACAGCGGUGACUCGUCCGACAACAGGGGAUAAAGACAAGGAGCGAGAAAGGGAGAGAGAAUUGGAGGCAAAAGACGAUGCCAACGAAAUGCGUGUCCGAGCCUCGAAGAACAGGACAUUUGUAUACGUGAAGGUUUCCGGCCUCGCGCUUGCUCUGAGCUACAAACGAGACACACCAAUGAGCUUGACCACCGUGCCAGACUUGGACGAUUUCAGAUUUGAAACUCCAGCCUUUGCCUACCAAAACGAAACGUGGAGCUUCGAAGAUAUGCUUGAGACACUGAGAAAAGACAUCUACAGGGCAGCCUGGGCACAAAAGGGAGCACUCCUCCGCGAGAUAUUCACCAAGGCAAAAAUUAUUACACCCAAGCGAUUCCUUCCUCACGAAAAGUGGAUGCAUAAACGGCCAAAAGACAAAACGGCCAAACAAGCCCUGCCUUCACCAGAAAUAGAGAAAGAACCACUCGAUUCGCCGGUAGACCAAGAUCUGAUGGUAGCUAGUGACUCGGGUCUCGCAUUAUUCCAUCGUCAUGAACCUUCUCCGGAUACGAGACCACAGCGGCCAUCACUUCCGGAGAACGGCAGUCCAAUUGGGUUCCCUAGCGAUCAAGAGCCCUCGCCAACGCCAAAUUCGAUAUCUUCAUCACGAGAGGGCAGUAGUUAUGCGUUCCCGGCCAGUGCCGAUAGCGAAGGAAGGCCAUCGACAACUAGUCGCAGCGGCCGAUCGACGUCGAUUGAUUGGGGAGGAAGGCGGUCUCGUGAUGGACAGGCACCGGCUCUCUCGUUCCCGAGUCCACCGUCGCCUCCGCCUGUAUCAGUGCGUAGCGGCCAUACAGGCAGUCAUAGACCCACACGAGAGCGGGUUUUAAGCUUGUUCAAGAAGAAGAAAAAGGAUUCUCCCGUUGAUGAUGGAACACCUCGUCGUACGUUGGAUGUUCCCGAAGUACCCCCUCUCCCUCCGUCCGUUUCUAAUCCCAGACAAAGAACAAUCAGUGCCAACGCAAAGAUGCAACAGCAAUUCCAAUGA